AUGGCGACAAGCAGCGAGGGAAGGCCCCCGUACCCGCCUUUCACGGCCGAGACGGCACAGAUCAAAGUCAAGGCCGCCCAGGAUGCAUGGAACACAAGGGACCCCAAGAAAGUCAAGAUGGCCUACACGCCAAACUCGAUCUGGCGCAACCGCGACCAGUUCCUCACGGGCCGCGACGCCAUCGAGGCGUUCCUGGCCAAGAAGUGGGAGAAGGAGAACGGCUACCGCCUGCGCAAGGAGCUGUUCUCGUUCUCCGACAACAAGAUCGCUGUGCAGUUCUGGUACGAAUGGCACGAUGAGAGCGGGCAGUGGUGGCGUACGUACGGGCUCGAAGACUGGACGUUUGCCGAUGAUGGGCUUAUGCGCAAGAGGCAGAUGAGUGGCAAUGAUGUCAAGAUCAGCCAUGAGGAGCGGUGGUAUAAGAAUAAUGUCGAUGUGAACACGGUCGAUAUCUCGGAGAAGCAUUGGUAG